AUGAACCCUCAGAGUGACUGGAAACAGAGCCACAGACCCCUGCUGCUGAAGCGCAAUAAGUUUCUCUAUCACUACAAGAACCUGCGCUGGGCCCGGGGCCGCCAUGAGACCUACCUGUGCUACAUAGUGAAGCGGAGAUACAGCUCAGUCUCCUGCGCGUUGGACUUCGGGUACCUGCGGAACCGUAACGGCUGCCACGCGGAGAUGCUCUUCCUGCGGUACCUGUCCGUCUGGGUGGGACACGACCCCCACAGGGCGUACCGAGUCACUUGGUUCAGCUCCUGGAGCCCCUGCUACGACUGUGCCAAGCGCACCCUGGAGUUCUUAAAGGGACACCCCAACUUCAGCCUGCGGAUCUUCAGCGCCAGGCUCUAUUUCUGCGAAGAGCGCAACGCGGAGCCGGAGGGGCUGCGGAAACUGCAGAAAGCGGGGGUGCGGCUGGCUGUCAUGAGCUACAAGGAUUAUUUCUACUGCUGGAACACCUUUGUGGAGAGCCGGGAGCGGCGCUUUGAAGCUUGGGACGGACUGCACGAGAACUCGGUCCGACUGGCGCGGAAACUCCGGCGCAUAUUGCAGCCGCCGUACGACAUGGAGGAUCUACGGGACGUGUUUGAGCUCCUUGGGCUCUGAAGGUUCCGGUCCCAGACGCCACGAGAGCCAAUCAGACUCACCCAGGGUCCCGCUGUUUAUUCCCUGUUCUACCCUUACGGGUUCCCUGGGUCGGUACCGGUCCGACUGUACAUUUGCCCCACAAACUGUAUAUAAUCCCUUGUGUGUAUUUGUGCCGUUGGCGCAGGAUUUGUACAUUUUUAUUUGCGCCACUUAGUCUGACGCUUUAGGGUUCCAGCUAAUAUGGCGGCCAAGUUCCAAUUCCGCCCUUGGCUCCUGUCAUUCCUGGGAAUGGAACCCCCCCCCUGACUAGCAGUUUUCAGCCUAGAAACACUAAAAUGUGCAUUUUGGGCAAAGUGCCUGCCCCAAGCUGUGAUGGGAGGGUUCCUUUUAUAUUAAUGCCAGGAGAAAUGGGGGGUAUCAGGUGGGGGCCAUAAGCCAUACAGGUAGUCAAACAGGUAGCCAUACAGAUAGCCGUACAGGUAGCCGUACAGAUAGCCGUACAGAUAGCCGUACAGGUAGCCAUACAGAUAGAUAUACAGGUAGCCAUACAGAUAGCCAUACAGAUAGAUAUACAGAUAGCCAUACAGGUAGCCGUACAGAUAGCCGUACUGGUGGCCAUACAGGUGGCCGUACAGGUAGCCAUACAGGUAGCCAUACAGGUAGCCAUACAGAUGGCCAUACAGGUAGCUAUACAGGUAGCCAUACAGAUAGCCAUACAGGUAGCCAUACAGGUAGCAUAUAUGUAUGUAUUAUUUAUGUGUUCAUAUUACAAUACAGUAACAGUAGGGAAAUACAGCAAUCAGUAAAUCUAUAGCGUUCCAAGGGUUAAGUGGCACGGGCUGAGAGACGCAGGGGGUUCUGGGAAGCCCGGGGAGGCGCAAGUGGAACUGCACGGUGGGUCAUUAAGGGGUUAAACUUUUGCACCUCUGCCCUUAGUAAAUGAGCCCCUGAUAACCCAGUGCAUGCCCAUUGGAGCAGAGCUCUGUAACGUCCCAUUUCUCCAUUCAGAGCACAGACUGUGAGCAUUAACCCCUACCCCACCCAAGAGUCCGUUCUUGUGUCAUUGUCCCCAUCCCAGAAGCAGUCCCUGUCAGUAUGUGUUUAUAUAAUCAGUACCGGCCCGGUACCCUGAGCCCAAACACCCCCCGGGGGCUCUAUGGAUGGGGGGGUUGGGGAAUGAUACUGAUAUGACUGGGCUGCACAGAGGGAUGUUGCUAAUAAAGACAUUUAAUACAAGGUAAAGGAGUGUUUGUAUGUUUAUGGCAGACUCGGUACCAUGGGAAUUGGGGCACAGAACUCUGUGGGACUUUAUUUAGCCGGUGCUGCAGGCCCACGUCUGACACCCUAAGGGGCUCUGGGGUGUUUGUGCCCACACUUGGGGGUACAGAGGGGCAAAUGGAUCUCAAGAGAAUCACACAAUUGCCCAGCAGGU